CACUUCAUUUAAAAACAUAAGCACAGGUACAGUCAAGCUUUCAUGAAGUCUCAACAUCUGACUGCUCAGAUCAGAUAGAAACCUCAGUGUAAACAAUUUAAGAGAUAAAAAUCAUGGAACCUACAAGAUCUAGUGUGCUGGGUCCAAAAGCAGAGGCUGGUACAAGGAAAGAUAGGAGCUGGGCAAAAGGAAAUUGGUGGGAUAAACAAAAAGUGAGCAAUGAAAGCAAAUUUUAUAAGCUGGAUCUGAAAAUAACAGAGUAUGGCUUGACUGGAAAUAUGGGUGGAAAGAAUGACAAAGGACCCCAUAAUCAGGCUUCAGGACAUGGUAUAAAGGGACAAAAUCUAACAAAGCAUUCAAAAGCAAAGAAAACUCCAGAAGACCAGAAAAAGAAGGAAUCAAAGGGACAAUGGAGAAAUGAAAAGGCACAAAUUGAACCAGUGACUGUGAAGAAGUCUACUAAAGGACCACAGCUGCAUCCCAGUAACCAGAUUUCCAGUGGGGCUGGUGUUCAAUCAGAGUCAAAAAUUGCUGUCACAUCGCUCGUUGUUCAGGACAAGAAAGGUUUUGGUGCUGGAUCUGGACACAGCACUAAAGUUUUUGUACCUGAAAAAGCCAAACCAGGUUCAAGAUUGGUCACCAAGCCUGGCAGUUGUCCUAGUGAAAUAUCAAUAAGUGACUACCUAUUACUUCUAAAGUGCCUCCAAAUUAACUUGCCCGAUGGUGUUCUGAACCCUAAAGUCAUCAAGCUUUCACAGACUGCCGACGUCAUACAGAAAGCCCAGGACAUUGUGAAAGAUCUGGAAAACUUCAAGCUUCAGUUCAACAGCAUUCCACGUCUUGGCUCCCGUGAGGUUAAGAACUCACUCUCACUGAAAGACAACAAUAAAGUUUAUGAAAUCACACAGAUGAUUUUCUUCAAAAAAAACGAAGGUUCUGAUGAAGAUCUGAGAACACAGUGGAAGAAGAAUGCUUCAAACACGAACUGUGGAUUUAGAUUCAGAGACAAAUACAAGACAACAGCCGUCUCCACCCCUGCUAUGUAUGCCACAGCACAGACAAGGAGCUGGAGACACUUAAAAGAUGGAGAAAAACAUGCAAACAUUUCUGCAGGAGUGACAGUGAAUGUCAGCGAGAUUGAGAAAAGAGACUAUCGUGACAACUCAACGCUAUGGACUACCUCCUCUCCACAAAGGUUCGGCAAAUAUUUCCAGAACCCAGCAGGUGAAAAUGAAUGCCUCAAGUUCUACCAUGAACUGUGUGAGAUUGGUGCUAACAGGACAGUAAAGUACACCAAAGGUAAUAAAGUAGAGUCUGGGUUUCUCUCAGGACGACUGGACUUCUUGGCAGAAAUAAAAGAGGAAAAAACUGAAAAAAUUGUAAUUGAGUGUAAAGGAACCACUGGAGAUAUGGUGGGGAAAGUCUUCACCAAACCCACAAAUGGUGGUCGUUUUGCAAAACUAAAUGAGACACAUGAGUAUUACUAUCAGGUACAGGCAUACAUGUACAUAUUAAAUCAGUCAGCUAAACAAACACAACGCUUCACCUCUUACAGGGCUGUCAUGGUGAUCCAACACUACCACAAAAAUGGACAAGAACCCAGAGAUUUCUACUGGAAUUAUCUGAGAAAGAAUGAAGCAAUACAGCAGAAGAUCAGUGAACUAUGUGUUUUCUGUGAAGAAGAGGUUCUGGCCUGUUUCCUGGCUGUUCUCAAUCUGAUCUUCCAAAAAGAUUCAUGGAGUCAAAACUCUUAGCAGUUCCCCUACAAACACAUUGAUUUUUAGCUUUAACUGGCAUGACUCUUGGUGAUCAGGGUUUUUUAUUAUGGAAAUCUUUUGUUCUGUAGUUUGCAUAGUUUCACUUCCAACUCUGCAUUUUGGGAUGGCAGUAUCAUGCAUAUUUACAUCCCUGUUCAGGAAAUAUGGUUCAUAAUGUGUAGUUCUAGAAGUUUACCAGUGUAUGAAAUUACUCAUGGGCAACAUGGUGGCUCAGUGGUUAGCACUGUCGCCUCACAGCAAGAAUACCCGGUUUCCUCUUGGUGCUCCGGUUUCCCCCACAGUCCAAAGACAUGUGGUAUAAGUGAAUUGAAUAAACUAAAUUGCCCAUAGUGUAUAUGUGUGAAUGAGUAUGGAUGUUUUCCAGUACUGGGUUGCAGCUGGAAGGGCAUCCGCUGUGUAAAGCAUAUGCUGGAUAAGUUGACAACUUAUGUGGCAACCCCUGUUGAAUAAAGGGACUAAGCCGAAGUUAAAUCCGAAGACUAAGCUGAAUAAAAUCACUUAUGCAAACUUAAUAAAUGUGCUUGCAAUUAGAAGAAACAGCUAUUUUAUUUUAUUUCACUUUAAAAAUUUCAGAUCUGUCAAUAGAGAAUUCAAUGCAUAUUUAAAAGCUAUAUUGUAACUUGAAUAUUAAUAGAAUAAGGAACAUAAACAUAGUUCUUGUUUUAUUUAUGCCUAGGUCAGUUUUUCACAUAUCAGGCAAAAUAGAUAUAUUUCUAAAUAUAAACAAAUAGGCAUUAUAACAGACUACUUACAAGACUCUUCCUGUCAAUUUGUGCACUCGCUGGGAAAAUUAUUAAUAAUUUCUGAAAUAAUAACAUGUGGACCUCAGAGAAAAAUGCUUGGAAUAAUAUUCAUAUGUUAUGUUGUUGAAAUGAGUCCAACAUAUUCAAGUUAAAGCCUAUAGGUCACAGGGUAAAACUACAGCAUCACCUGGUGAAUGAAAAUAACAGGUGAUUCCCCAGAUGCCGGUGCUGGUCAUCUAUAACACAUUUAUUGUCAUGAACAUGUUGGUAACAUAAAAUAGUUUUUAGUUGUGCAGAUGAGAGUAAGGGACAUUUUACCAGAAACGCACAUUUUCACUUAUAAAAAAUGUGACAGGGCCUGACUUAAGUUGUCGUCCUCAAAAAAUUGUACAAAAACAAACAUCAAAUCAUACAAUUUAAUGCAUCCUUGAUCACUGUCAGCUUCUCCUUUGUCAAAUGAUGUCACUUCUGAGUCAUAGCCUUAAAGGUGUAUUGCACGCAUUUUAUGUUCAAUUUAAUGCAAAUGUGACAGGACUGACAAAAACAUUGGGAAACUUGUAAAAUAUUAUUUAUAUGUAGAAUUCAUUUAUAAUGUCAUGUUUUUAAUCAAAUGAUCUGAAUGAUAACGAAUUAAGCUAGCUAUUUCUGAAGUUUUUUUUUCUAAAUAACAGUUUUUAGCAUAACAAAACUAUUAAAGCUGUCGGUUCCAUUUCGGCUGAGGACAAGGACAAUGACAGAGUUUGUACAUUUGUAAAGUGCUUUUAAUAAAAACAAAAAUCGGUGAACCAAA